UUUGGGAGCAUGAAUGAAAUCAAGAGAAGGGUCUGUGGCAAACGAUGCUCUGAAAGUGGUAACAAUACUGAAGAUGAACAGAAGAAAAGGAAAUUACUGAAGAGACCAAACAGGACCUGUUUUGCAAAUAUUGGUUCCGAGACGCCACCUGACGUGCCUGAUGAGUGGUGGGAUAAAAUUCGAACAAAAGGAGGCACUGAUGUGAAGUUGGUGAUAAUGAAACAGAUGUUUACUACUGAUUUAAAUCCUCACCAUGAUCGAUUCUCAAUCCCUUUUAAGCAGAUAAGAGAUUCCAAUUUUCUUACAGAGGAUGAGAAGAGCAAGUUAAAGGAGCAGAAGGAGAACAUACCUGUAACACUCAUGGAACCUUGUGGUGAUGAGUCUAAGAUGUUGCUAAGGCAGUGGAAUUUGAAAAGUAGCAGUACCUAUGUGUUGACAUCGAGUUGGAAGAAAGUCUUGGAAAGGAAUCAUCAGGGAUCAUCAGGGAAAUUCAAACAAAAUGACAUAGUGCAGCUUUGGUCUUUCAGGCGCAAUGGAGAACUCUGGUUGGCACUUUUUAAGGUUGGGGAUGCAAGUACCACUCCUAGUGGCAGUGGCAGUAAAGGGGAGAACGGGGAUGGUGCAAAUUUCCUGUUAGCUACAACCUUUGGGAAGGUUGAAAUUAAAGGUCCUGGUAAACUUGCAACUUCUUUUAAAAGAACAAAAGUUGCAGCUUAUACUCUUAGUGCCACGACAUCUAAAGCACUUAUAGAUUUAGAGGAUGGUAGUCAUCCUUACGAGAAGUGA